CUAAGUAAGUGGAUUGCCUAGAAUAUUUAAUAAUAAUAAAUAUCUUAUUUUUGUUGAAACAACUCUUUCGUCCUCGAUCUUUUGUAUCGUCGUUUUCGCCCCAUUUAUUUAUUUCUCGUAUCUUCCUUUUCAAGUUCGUUGUUGUGUGGUCAUGACCAAUGGCAGCUAACGAACCAAUGACAGCACACACAGAAAAUCUGGUCCUCGCCAUCUGUUAUGUUUUCGGGGUGCUAUUAAACCUGCGGCACCAUCUAGCGAGGUCAAUUGAAGGCAAUGCUUUAUCUGUGUCUGUGAACAGACACUGACUUUGACAAGGAAUCAGUCGAUCGGUCGGUCGGUCGGUCGGUCGGUCAGUGACGCUGCGGAUGAGAUGACGCUAGACGCGCCAGAAGCGAUGUGUGGUAGGCGCGAGCCACUGCUAGCGUUACUGCAUAAGCGGUAACAGUUAUUCGUUGUAGCAGUUGCGAACGUUUAAGGUUGAUACUGGUGGAAUUAGGGAGAAAACGAAGUGUAAGGUCUCCUUUAUGAAACUAGAAAUCGCAGCUGCUUCUGGUACGACAUUGGCUCUCUGAGUAUUGACUGGCCGGAAGCUGCUAUCGCUCACUCUAAGUCGUGGCCUGGAUCAGGCACUUUACGCAGGUACAGACGAAUAGCACCAAAUGUCACGCAAUCGGCCCUGCUGAUCUCGCUUCCUUUGCACCCUACAGCUGCUCUGUUACAGUUACCUGCAUGUUCUUUGUAGAAGUUAUGUUGCCUUUGAGUGUCUAUGCAGCGCCGGCCGUCUGCCGUGGCCAAGCAGCAAACAACCAACGGCUACACUGUAACUGCAUCAAAUUCAGAGUAGCAGAGAUUUAUCGGUAAAUCCUGUGCUGUACACAAGCCACGUGAGGAAUUGUUAUUGCGCUGUUAUUCUUUUAUCACUAUAUAAUGUCGGUUUGUAUAAUCAGGACAGCAUCAGGAAGAUGGAUGUAUGUGAAAGUGAAGGCGCAAACGGGAUCUGCCUCGAUCUUCCGCUCUGUCUCUCAUUAGCAUUCUCAUUUUGUGGGCUAUUAUAGAUUGCUAUGAGACAGAAGAUUAGAACUGUAUGUAGAACAGCUACGCGAGACACGCAUAUCCAAUGGAUGAACUGCUACUUCAGAGACUCGGAUGAAACAAACUAGUUCUACUAGCAUCGCUCUGCAUAGAAAAGCGCGUCUAGGCGCUAGGUCCGAGCAACGGAAGCGAGCCGCGAUCAGCCUUGCUUGACUCUCUGACUCGGCAGUCAACUGUCGAUGAAAAGAAGUGGCUCAAUGCAUUAAAAUGAAGCGGACACAUUUCGCUUAAAGAGGCGUGCAGGAACAUCAUGGUUCAGUGUUGUGUCACGAAACAUAAAAUCGAAUUCAUAAUAAGACUAGAUCCAUUGUAAGUACAGAGACGCAUAAUUUCCUCUUCGGUAAAAUAUGUCAGGUGUAUUGUACAAUUGUGACAACUGGGUUUAAUGUGGAACGAGCAUUUCCAAUUUUUUCGGUUGAUUUUGGCUUACGGCUGACACGUGGAUAAUUUGUUGGAUAGUUGAUUAAAUACGCUAAGGUGAAAAAAUAAAAUCUAAAAAUAGUAUUUAAAAAAAUGUUAUUAUAUUUUCGCUUUAGAAUAUAGGGACAAGGCUGUCGCGUUGCGAUAUAUGGAGUGGUUUCAGAGCCAGCACACUAUAAUCAUGACAACUUUUCCAUACAACUUCUCCACAGCUGUGAAAACAGAGCUCAAUAUUUGAGAUAAUACCACCUUAUCUUUUUGUAUCCCAGAUGUGGCACAUCAUUGCGCUAGCGGCCAGUCGACAGCGUCCUACUACUGCUUUAUUUUUAGGUAGCACGCCGCCUUGCAAACUUUAGGAGAAAGCAUGGAUCUGAUAAUAACUUAGGUGAAAAGUUGUUUCAGCCAUAUAUUUUUAACUGUAUUGCUCUACACACCGUCCGUUCACAUAACCAUAUUUAGUGGAAGCAAAGUAAACCGCUUGUGUAAUUCCUAUCGCGCUGGGGUACGACAAUUAUACGACACUGCUAUAGACAUGCGAUAAGUGAGGGCUAAUAUAUGACGCUUGUUUUUCUGCUAACUACAUGGUUCGACCGUUAUUCAGGUCAUCAGGCUGCUGUUGGUCUUAGGAAUAUUUUCCUAAGACCUACUCUGACUACUACUAAAACUAAUAAGUCCUACUCUGACUGAUACCAAAACAAAGCAUGCGGGAAAAGCAUUGCUUCCGAAGAAAACUCAGUACGGGGGCACCUCGGAUUGAGCAAAGCGCGGAUGAUUGAGCUGCUCGAUUUUCGAGCGCAAAGGUUCAUGGUUGACUGUGUAACGGAAAGCUAUGAUUGAUGCAAUUAUUCAAAAAUGAAGAACUCAUUCUGAAGUAAUAUUUGAAAUGGGAUGAAUUGUUUCAGAUAAACAUCGGUCGAGACAAAUUCCAUUUUUAUGAAGAACAUUAUGCAAGCGUUAAUUCUGUAACAUUUUAAGCACUGGGUUCCGGGGUAGCUAGCUUGAAAGCAAAGUGUUAUUCAAGCCCUUUUCUGCACACUGAUCCAUUAUAGGUGCGAUCAAAAUUACGUGCUGUUUGUUAUUAUUGAUGUAAUUAUUAACUGAUGUAUUUCAGUUGCCAUAUAACCUAGUUAAUGAUGCCGAUUCAAUACGAACCGAUUCUGUACGGUCGGCAAAGGUAAAUUCGUGUUUUCUUGAAGGGUCCUGAGUAAAAUGCGUAGCACCGAGUGCCCGUGCACGCAUCCAGCAAUUUUCAUCUUGUCCAGUAUUCGAAAUCUGUAUCUGCUGUGCAAAACAGUUACGCAUCAAGGCGACAAAAUCUGGCAUGGCAGGACUACCUACUGCUUCAGUCAUUUGCGUACGGUCCUGAGGGCCAUUCUUUAUGGGUUGUGUGAUUGUAAAGCUCACCGUCAAUCAUAUCAAGCAGUGUGUCUGCUUUGCAGAUGAGCCCUGCGAUGUCGCCAAGGAGCCCUGUGACCACGUCGGUCGUCUGUUGUUGUUACCUCUCGCCCCCACCACGACACGUUUUCAAGCGUACCAAUUCGUGGUACUCGCACGAGUAUUCCGUGGCGACGGCUGCCUCAUGUCUUCGCUAAACGGACCCCAUUCGCUAGGUGGAGAUCCUCUGUGCUGUGGAGCCAGCCAGGAGAAGCGGCCAUUGUUGCGCGGCGAAACCCCGCAAAACUGUCCCACAAACAACGGCAUCUCUCGUAGGGAGAAGAGCCCAGACGGCACCACGGCGAUCAUUCAAAUACCUCUGCCCGCGCCGGAACGCGCGGAGCCAAGGUAUAAGCCGGAGAAAUGCAAAACGCUACUGGCGUGCAUUUUUGCGGUGUUCUGCCUCCUGCUCAACCUGGUCGUGCUCGCGUUCAUCCACGAUCGCGUCCCGGAUCGAACGAAAGUACCGCCUUUACCUGACAUCUUCUUCGAUCAGUUCCCCGUCGUUGAUCAAGCGCUUGAGGUGUCCGAGAUCAUCAUUAUCGCCUCGGUAUGGUCGUGCGUAUUGCUAAUCAUUCUGCACCGAUACCGGUGGAUUGUCUUCCGCCGGAUAUGCGUAAUAAUGGGCGCCCUGUAUGCGAUGCGAGCGCUGACCAUGUUUGUCACACAGGUGCCGAUGGCGUCGAAAACAUACUUCUGUUCGCCGAAAUCGAAUCACACGACGCUAGGUUUGAUUGCGUCACGUGUCCUAACGUUGUUCUCCGGAUUCGGCUUAUCGAUAAACGGUCAUCAUACGUACUGUGGUGACUACAUCUUCUCGGGGCAUACGCUCAUUCUCACGUUGUGCUACCUCAUUGUCAAAGAAUAUUCGCCUCAGCGUUGUCGAGUGUUGCAUCUGCUUUAUUUUUGCACAUCGAGUAUCGGGAUCUUCUGCGUAUUAUUGGCGAGGGGUCACUACACGAUCGACGUGGUUCUAGGUUACUAUGUUACAACAAGGGUCUUCUGGAUCUACCACGCCCUCUGCGCAGCCCAGCAGUCAAGCAAGGUAAGUAGCGGCCUCCGCGGAGGUGCGGCCAAAUCAGUCAACAGCAACAACGACAAAUCAGCGACGAAUAAUUGUCCAGCCCUUAAAGGGAGUUGUAUCGAUGUGUCGAGAAUAUUAGCUUGCACCGGCAAAAAGAUGGACGAUGAAGAUGGGCCCAGAGCUAGCGACGAAGAUUCGAGCCAUAACGGGUCGCAGGGUCCGGACAGUCCGCAGUCGGCUGAGCAAACACUUCACGGAUCGGGACGUGCGCGUGUCUACCAGCGGUACAGCAAUCACGACGAGUCAAACGAUUCUGUUGUAUUAGAAAACAACAUAUCGGACCGGAAUUGCAAUCGUCCUCAGGCGACCGAUGACAACGUCGAGGCGCAUCUAGCCUCGCAAAGCGCCCUCAGCUACCUAAGUCGGGUUUGGUGGUUCCGGAUAUUCCGUUACUGCGAAGGCAACGUGACAGGCCCGGUCCCGCGGCAAUACGAGUGGCCUCUCCCAUGGCCCAGGCGUUGGUUGCCCCGUACGCGGAUCUCCUAGCAGGGAGGCCUCCGUCGCAAACCCCGCAGGGGGAGACCUGUCGCUGCAGCGUGACCUGCACGGCAUUGUCACCACUGACCCGAUGCAGAUGAUUAUCACCAAAAGUCCAAUUGCUACAAUCGUCCUCGAUCACUAUCAGCAGCCAGAUACACAUGGGGAAUCUGUUCACAGUAGGAACAGUGUCGAGCUGGGCAGCGGAAGCUGCCAUUGCAGUGGCAGUACCACACUUGUGUUUGACGCGAUAGCCAACAGCGUGCCUAAAAUGCGAAGAUGUAGCGACUGCGAUAACGCUGAUAGUACUAGCACUACUUCUAGAAUAGGCAACAAGGAACAGGUGGACGUCCACAAUGUCUAUUCCAAGCUGCCGGCCAGCUAUGCAGUAGCGUGUCCCGCAGUGUCAACAAUAACACCGAUCCCGAUACCUCAACCACAAAACACACACAAACAUAGACGGCGAAGAAAGGGCUAUUACAAGGUGGUUAAAGCGGUGACGCUUAUAGAGGUCGACAAUGAUUCGACAUGCAGGAUGAAGCAGGUGGCAAAAGAACAAAAACAAUCACAGUUAUUAUUGCAAUACAAACAACAGGCAAAAGAUGAAAAUUACAGAUGGACUGCAAAACGAUUCCAGAAUUUAUUAGAGGAAACGAGGCUGUAAGCGAACAGGAUCCAAGUUAGACAGGGGGGUACUGAACUGCUGGCCGGUGGUGCCUUUGUUGUUGUUUAUGAAAUAGCCGACGGCGGGCUCGCGCUGGAAGCUUCUCGCCGUACAAUUUGACGCGAUUUCAUUUUCGCAGAGGUGAUAACAGCAGCGUUGACUGAUAAGACUUGAUGGCAGACAAAUGAGCAAUAGCAGAAGAUAAACAAUUGUACAAUGACUAACUGUACGACAGAGAGAAUGUGUAUUGAAAUCACGAAGCGAGGUGUAUGUAAUAUAAUAGCGGUAAGCGUAGAGCUAUUUUGACUAAUUCUCAACGACGCGCUCCGAUACAACAAUCCGACGAUCGGUGACAUCGCCACAGAGCUCGAGAGUGGCAUCCUUAACGAACAACGCCGACAAUGCUGUUAACUAUUACGCUGACUACUCGUGGCUAGUAUGCGCGCUUCAGGAUAAAAUUACGACAGCCAAUAUUAAUUCUAUAUAUAUAUAUAUGGAUAACGCAUGAGAGGAAGCAAGCUGAUGGUCUUCGUGCAACAUCAAAUGUAUCAAAAUUUCUUCCUUCCCUCAAAGAAAGAUUAGUGAAGACUGACGAAAAGGUGAUGUACGUUGAGCUAUAGUGGCAACUGUAUUGACAGUUAUAGAAACGUUGAAUAACGACAAUGGACGAAGUGGUCUUAUCUGUGGCACAGUCUAUUAUUUUUUCCAUUAAGUAAGGAGAAAAACUAGGCACUAAUAAAUGUUACUUACUAUUAUUAAUAUCAUAUUAAUAACCAUGUCUGCCAGCAGAGUGUCAAAGUAGAUAAUGAACGACAAAAAAAAAAGCUGUACAACAAAUACCAAUUGAACGCUAUUGCAUUGAGGACAGCGGCUGCAACUAUCAAAAUGGUAGUAACAAGGAUUCUUCCUAUGAAUGCAAUACAUUUGCAUCUUGAAUAAGAACUCUUCUCUAAAUACGUGUAAUAAUAUUUAAACGCCACGAAUAUAUGUACAUGCUUAUUAAUUAUGAGUAUAGGAACAAUGAACGGACUGUAAUGGAAAUUUCUGGCGUUCGUUAGGAAAACGGAGGUAGCAGCGAAUUGACAAUGUGGCGAUUAGUAAAGUAAAAUGUAAAAAAAUAUCUGUAAAUGAUGCAAAGAAGCAAUGAUGAACGUUCGAUCGAGACGAUACCGAAGAAAACCGCGAAGAAGCAUAUGUAGUAGUUAGUGGCGAUCGACAGGGGCGCUUUGAUCGUGGCUCGAUAGUCUGGCGAAAAGCUAUUAAGGUGAGAGCUAGCCCGAAGCCUUCGCAUGCUGCUUGUUCUUCACUGGCUACUGUCGAUAUGUAACGGUCUCUUGACAGCACUGCUGAUUCAAAUUUUUGUAGGAAUUUCCGGUGAAAUUGUCAGGCCCAAAGAGGUCAACGAUAUUCAAGUGUACCAAGGACCGAGGACCAAACACCAAACAGUCUAGAAAUUCCUACGUAAGGUUUAAAAGCAGCCUAAGAAAAAAACCUUUCUGUUCGAGCGAAGAUUUCAUCCACAUCAACUUGCCUGAAAAGAGAGAACGAAACUUCUUCGGAUUAGCAGUUUCAGCGGCCGACAAGUCGCUGUAGCUUUGACGUUUCGCUAGAUGUGCGUGUUCAUGGAGAUGGUCCGCUCUGCUGAGAUGCGGUUAAUCUGUUUUUCGCUGCCCUUACUACACAAUGAAAGGAUGAACUGCUUUGUUGGUUGAUACUGUAUUUUUGAAGAGGUGAAGAUAAACGGUGAUUGACUGACACAGCGGUGCGUUACCUGAGGGGAUACUAUGUGCUUUUUGGGUAUGGCAUGAAAUCAUAGAAUACACAUAAAGAAAACAGACAACGCAAGGAUGAGAUUAGCGAAGUGCAGAGAGGGCUUGGUCUGGUGUAGACAUAACUGUACAAAAAAAACGUGUUGGAAAUAAUAAAAUUCAAGGAAAGAUUUCUUUUCGAAAAAGCCAUAUAUAGGUACGUAAGACUCUAAACGAUGAGAAUUUACGGACACUUCUUCACAUAACUUAAAUGAACAUUGCUUAGACGUGAUGCGUCUUACGUGAGUAUAGUAAUAGACGGUAAUAAAAGGAUGAAAUAUUUUGACGACAGCAAUUUCAUGUUAAAAUCGCUGGGAAAUUGCAUCAAUCAGGUGAAGGCACGCAACUUAUUAUUGGCUUUAUAAGUUCAUGGGUGAUACACCUAAAUUUUCGUGUACGUUCAUAACUUCGUACGGAACAGGAUUUAAGUUUAAGAGUAGUGCAUCUGUCCUCCAGUAGACCGUGUAAAACUUAAUCUUUUAAUGUGCCAAAAGAUACAUUUUUAACCUAUUUGGUGAGACAACAUUAAACGAAAAUUACUGACUCUAAAGUCUGCGUAGAAACCCCAUUUUGGCGGAACGCCUUCCUGUCGCCGAAGCGAAAUAAUAGAAUGUGUAGCUGUUUGUGCUACUAAUAUAUUGCCAACCCUCAUUUUUAUAUGCUCAUUGCACGUAGGAAUGACAAAGCAUUGUUGUCUGGUAACACCCUGUCCUGCGGCUAACUGCCAGCGAAAUCAGAUCGUUUCUAAGGUUAAAUAUAAUUAUGAUAGAGACUAGUAAUGGAUUGUAAUGCUGUUACACUGUGUACGGACGAAUGAAUGAUCAAAGCCAAGAGUGUACAUACGCCACUGUAUAAGUUCAAAUCGUUUGUAAGAGCUCACCUGAAUUUGGAUUACGACCAAUGCGAUCAUACAUAGCCACAUCAACGAAAAACUGCGAAGACCUUGUCCCCCUUCUUGAGUUGCGAGUUGACUCUAUUUUAGCUAAGACCCUAUGUAAUAACUGACAAUUAUAUUCAAGGAAAAUAUUACAUCACUUUAAAAAAUUAGAAUUCACGCAUAUACAUAUAACGUUACCAGACCCUCGCGUUUACCCUUGAAUAGUCAUCUAUACAAGCACAUACAGAUAUACCCUGUAUAAAUUAUGUCUAGAAAAUGUUUCAUUAGCUAUGAAAAGAAAGCGAGAAAGAUUCAGUGCGUGGGAAAAAUACCUGAUCAUAAUAAAUUAGAUGAAAAUCGUCAUUUCGAACAUUUGCUGUAUUGAUUUUAUUUUUUUUUUUUAGCAAAUUGGUCGGCUUUUGGCUUGCGCUACGACAACAUUGGUUGUUUUUUUUGACAAUACAAAAAUUACACUAAUGUUAGAGUGAGAAAAUAAUACAUUUUUCUGUUUUUGAUCAGAUAUCAAGCUCUUUAUUUGUUAUAAAGGCUGUCGUCAUCGGCAUUUCAUAUUGAGCUCAAAUUUUAGAGACAAAAAAGCGCUUUCCACGUUACUUCGUCCUAUUUUGUCUACAUCAAAAAGCUGCCGGAACAACUCCCAUUGAGGUGCUGCGUGUACCGCAAAAACCCUAUAGCCGGGAGUGCCAACAUGAUAUGAUUAGGUAAGUCGAAAGGCACAUUUUACUCAACUUUUCAACUCCGACAGGAUUGUCUUGAGCGGCUUUUAAACUAGAAGAGCCUAUAUUUCUAUAUGAUAGGGUCUUAAUCGUGCCCAGACUUUGUUGCUUGUGCAAUCUUUUGCGUGAAUAGAAAGUCGGCGUCAAAAAUUCGUUUGUUCUGCACUCAGCAUAUAACAAUUUUCCUAAUAGCAAACUAUACAUAUAAUAAGAGGCAAAAGACUGUUACAAUGUGAAAUAAGACCGAUGUUCUAUUUUGUAUAUGGACUAGCGGACCACUUAAGGGCUCAAGGACAACAGGGAAUCCUUAAAAGAGAAGGGUUCCCAUAUUAUAUUCUUUCGUACGUAAAGCUUUUGCGCAGUAUGUCAAUAUUGCAUUGCGGAGAGUUAUACCUAUUUCAACCAAAAUACAUAUGUGUGUUAAACCGUUCUAUCGUAACACUACAUUUAGAAAACCUGGCCUGAAGCCUCGUGUUGUUUUACGAAAAUUCUUAGGUUUCCCAUUCUUGUCUAGGAUUUUUCAUGAAGGUAGCUGUAAGUAUUGAAAACCUAAAAGUAGUCUGUUGGACCAAAAAAAGUCGACGAGCAUGUAUCCCUAAUAAAUUACUAUUUAAAUUGAGCACAUUAGCUGGCUCUGGCCGGUGGUAUCAUGGCGCACUUCUGUCCAGCAAUCAUUAUAUUACAUUACUUACCGUAUCAUAUAUUUGACUAGCCUAAAUUUUAUUUAGGUUUCGUCGGAAUUUUUUCGUACUGACUCUAUUUCGCCGUUGAUGGACAAGAAUGCCCUACCUACAGAGAUGCAAGCUCUACCAGACUACGGAGCAUGAGAGAACUACUACAUGAAGAAGUGAUGCUAUGACAGAGUUAACGAAGAAAUAAACAACGCUCGUCAACUUGGCGUUCGCUUAGAGUCUGAUCAAUGCGAAGUUGAAUUUCAUAUGAAUGAAAUUAUGUUAACACAUUGUUAGAAACAGGCUGUCUUCGAUUCCGUGCUGCGGAAUAUAUUUAGCCAAAUGUCUAGUGAAUAUAGGUAAUAUUCGUGUGUGCAGCAUUCUGUAACAUGGACAUUAGGAACUACACUGGAUGCAAACGUUUUUCUUGUUUUUUUUUUUCUAUUUGUUUUAGCUUCUGUAGCUGUAGUUUUAUUCGCGCAAAGGAAACUAAGAGUUAAGUUCUGUGGAAACUAUAUAUAGGGGGCGGUUUGCAUUACCAGAAAAAAUAUAUCAUGGUGGACCGUUUGCAGUGGCCAAACAUUGGGCGAGAAAGUUUGGUCGAACCGUAAUGAAAAACAAAAGCUUUGAACUAGUGGUACUACUUUGUAUUAUAAUGAAUCGCGUUUUGGCUCCCUUAAAGUUAUAAAGUCGAAUAUCAGAACUUAUCAGCUGAUAAAAAAUGCUUGAGCGCUUGCAACUUGGGAAAGCUUACCUGCAGCUUCUUAGAUCUGCUCUUCCACUUAUUAAGUGAGUUAAGUAUUGUUAUAAUGUUCUUGGGCCCUUACUAUAAACGUGUGUGCGAAUCACUCUGUGUCAAAUGUGGCUCUGAACGCUUUUAUUCUAAAGCACACUAGGAUAUACCAUUUCGAUACAUGAGUAAGCCAUUUAUUCUAUUGCCUUCAGUAUAUAACACACGUGCGAAUAACACAUGCUAGAUCUCUUUAUAACGAGUGCAUUAUCAUCAGUAUCAGAUAGAUACACAGAGACAGUCCAGUCUGUGUGGCUCUACCGUAACAGAAAAUGAUAGUGAUAGCUGUUUGAUCUAUGUAUACGAGUACACACUUUACCGUGGGGCACGGAAACAAGUGAGUUGAAACCAGCCUAAAAAGCGAUUCUGAAAACGUCAAACACCGUACACAUUUGCCAAAAACAAGAAGAAGGUAACAUUGCAAAAUGCCAACAGAAGUCGAUCAGAAGAUACCAUAUUUGGUGAAGGACGCUCACAGUGGUAAAUCAGACUUUGCAUAUCUCAAAAUUGUACUUUAAUCAAAUGUAAGCAGUAAGCCAAUUGGAUAACAGAUAUUAAAUUUAGAAAACUUUACCCGCAAAAUAAAAUCUAUUAACAAAAAUUACACGAAAUUGUGAAAUGUUUUCUCGGUGAUUCCGCUGAGAAAACAAUUAACCGACAUCAAAAUAUGCUUGGUCUUAUCUUAGACAACACGAUACGAGAAUCGUAGACGAUAAACAACUUUAUUGCGUUUUUCUCUCUACUAUCGUGUACCAACAUGGCUGUCUAGGUGCACUCGGAUAUUAAGCAGUGGUAGGCAUGCAUACCCAUGUAGCACCAAUAAGCGGCUAGGACAAAAUGGUUGUCGAUGUUAUGAAAAGACGCUUGGCUGGCUGUCAUCUAUUCGUAUAGGAGCAAUCUAUUUAGUACAAAUAUGAGAAAGCUAAGGUAGUAUUGCAAUUUUUCGGUAUUGUCUGAGCCAUCAAUACGUCAUUGUUAGUUUGAAACUUUCAAACUUAUAGGACACAGAUACCCAUACGCGAACCGAACGAGUUGUGCCCUGCACUGUGAGAUAACCAGGUAUGCGCGCGAUGCGAUAUCACUGCAAAAAAAUAUUCGUAUAUAGUUAAGAGUUUAAUGUGUUUCGAUGAACGAUUAGGGACAUAAAGGGCUAAUAACAGUCACGGUCGCUAACAGCAUAUUAUAGUGGAUACUAACUACAACGUAUUUAUAACAUUUCUGUACAGCCUAUGUGUAUAUGUGUGUGUACGUGUAUAUAUAUAUAUAUGUCAGUUAGGAAUGUCAACGAGAGAGCUCUGUCAUGAUUCUAGGGCAAAGAUACUAGCCGUUUUAAUAAUAUUAAUAUAUAAUAGUAAUGGUAACGAUUGUAACUGAUGCAUAUUGUGAACAUGUGAGCCGAUAUGUCGAAGAAACUGCUCGAAACUACGUAAAUCUUAUGACAUUAUAUAUUUGUCAGGGAACUUGUAGAAACGAAAAUAUUGAUAAAAUGUAACUUAUAUUUGUCGUAAAGUAGACGUAUACCACUCAAGACAUGGGUGGAAAACUGGAUUAGCCUUUUUUGUAGAAUGGGUUUCCCGUAAUAGAAACGACACACGCGAACAAUAUACGAGAACAGGAACCAUCUGCUACCAUUUAUCGUUAAGGAAUACCGCUGAGGUAAUGUAUUCAGGUGAUAAAGGCCAUUUACUUUUAAAAAUUCGGAAAUUUCUCCUGUGGUAUUCAAUGGUAAAGAUGGGCAUUCAGUUACUUUUUCUAUUGUCAUUUUUCUGGCUCUGACGUGUGAAAUAUAUUGGCAUAGGAUUGGUUAAAUUUAUUAACAAAGUAUUACUCAUACAAACUGUGAAAUUCUAAAAAUUCAAAGUUCCAAUGACCAAAGUUUCACAAUAAAUUCUGUCAAAUACGGGCUAAACAGCAUCUGUUCUAUUUUGAAUGCCAGCACGGAUUACUAUGCCUGAUUGAUUCUAAGUAUCAGGGAAAAAUAAGGCAGCUACAAAAUGAUAUCUGUGUCUAUUUGUGCGCUUGAGGGAAACAAAUGGAUAUGACAUUUGUUCAAAUAAUAUAAAUGAGUAAUGCUUGCGACUAUACGUGAUAUAUAUCCAUAUAGCUAUGAGGACCGACAUUCUAUCCUGGCAGCAGUGUGACUAAGUAUAUAUCUACACAUGAACAUGCUCCGAAUAUUAAUUUCUCUCUAACGAUUGAUAUUGUUGAAUUAAACUUAUUAUUUAUUAUAACGAAACAUUUGUCAAAACAGCUAUA